AGCCGCUUCCAAGCGGCACACUUUGCAGACGAUCGGCAAAGGAAUGCCAACCGACGAUGCUGGAACUACUGAUUUUGCUGCCUUUACUUAUGGUCGGUUUACUCAAUAUGACUUUCCAAGUGUCCAUUGAUGAAGUGACCGAUGUACGGAGGGAUGUUUAUUUUAAUUAUCGUAAAUACGAGGAUGAUCAGUAUUUAAAAGUGCAGGAUAAGGUGCAUGAAUUUUAUUCAAGAAUGUUGGACGAAUCUGAAAAUGAAAUAAUGGAUGAUAAAUAUGGGAACUCUUCAGUAAGAAGAGUUUCUCCUUCUAAAUCGUCGACUGACGUUUUCCAAGGUGCGCAGUGCAAAAUGCGAGAAAUUCAAGUCAUGCACAAGCGUUGUUCUUGCCGCAGACCUAGAAAACGCUGCGUUAAAAUAGAAUCCACUAGAAGUAGCGUUGUAUCAGUCAUGCCCGAAUGCGUUAUCUUGGAAAGAUGUGAGGGAGUCUGUCCACAGUUGAUGGCGUGCAAUCCGAAGUCAACUGAGAAAGUGCAUGUUCCAGUUAUUUAUUUAAAUCUCGUCCUGACAGACAAAGGACCCGAUGUAGUGCCAGAAUGUUCCACUGCUGAGGUUGAAAAACAUUUGAAAUGUGGUUGUGCAUGUGCUAUCAAAGAAGAAGAUUGCAAUGAAAAGCAGGUAUACAAUCCGGCAAAGUGCAGAUGCGAGUGCAAAAACACAGACGAGAUCGAGAAAUGUUAUCAUCUGAGAAACCACUGGGAUCCAGCAAACUGUCAGUGUGUAUGCCCGCCGGACAUUUCCCAAAUAUGCUCGACAGGAUACUAUUUUCAUAAGGAACUGUGUCGGUGUGUUCCAAAAAAUGGUAGUUAUCCAGAAUCUGGAAUGAGAAGACGGCGACCUCCCGUAUGAUAAAGAACUUCGGGAGAAAAUUUGGGAAACCAAAUCUAAUUUGGUGUUUAAAAAACUGUGAAAUGCUUUAUUUUAUAAAGAAAGUAAAAUUACCACUCUUUUACAAUAUCAAAUGUCUAGCAUUGAUGUUUGAGCUUAUUUAUUACAAUCAUUUAUUGAAACAAUAAAAUUGUUUAUGCUUUUUA